UACCUAUCUUGCCUGAUAAGCGGCCGAUGAAUUGGCUCAAAUGUUUGAUAAGUGCGUGCGUAUAUAAAAGCAUAAAUCAACCCCCCGCGACGUAGAAUCGACCGCAAACCAUCCAAAUCAGCAGCUUUGGAAACGCAAAGGACAAAAUAGAACAAUGACGAUGCUGCGAGCUGCUUGCGGCGCAGUCCUGUUUUUGGCCCUUGCGAGCGCCACCCCGCUGUGGUUGCGCCCCGAGCUCCCCUUGAACGCACACCUGAACCCCAACCCUCGCGCCCUGGCCGAUUACCUGUUGCCGACUGACGUCACCCCAUCGGCAUACGAAGUUCAUCUGAUCCCCUUCCUCAAGGAUGACAUUCCCACAGGAGAAGCUGAAUUCACUUUCAGGGGCACCGUCAUAAUUACCGUCACUUGCAACACUGCCACAAAUAAAAUUGUGCUACACGCGUUGGAUGUUGAGUUUGUCAAGGAAGAUAUCACUGUCACGAAAAUUGCUACACCUGCGACACCUGUCUCCGUGACAAAUAGAGUAUUUUCUAGCGAUGACAAACACUUCCUGACCAUCAAUCUGGCCGCCAAUUUGGAAGUUGGAGCACAAUACACGAUUGAAAUUAAGUACCUUGGCCAUCUGAACACCGUGCUGGAGGGAUUUUAUAGGAGCUCUUAUGUGGAUGAAGGAGUGACUAAGUGGAUGGGAGUCACCCAGUUCGAGUCAAACGGUGCUCGCAGGGCUUUCCCGAGUUUUGAUGAGCCAGGAUUGAAGGCUACGUUCAAGAUUAAGGUUGCAAGAUUUCCAAGCUACACUGUUCUAGGAAACAUGCCCAUAGCAAAUACAGAAGAAGAUGUUACCGAGUAUCCUGGGGCAGGACUGAAAUGGACCGAGUUUGAAAAUUCAGAAAUAAUGUCAACCUACUUAGUCGCUUUUUCCGUCAAUCAGUUCGAAAACCUUGGCGAAGUAACAGAUGUAGACAAUAUCAAAUAUGACGUCUGGUCAAGGCCUAAUGCGAUUGCAUUUGGAGCAUAUGCAAACGAAAUCGCCCCACAAUCUGUAGCAUUCAUGAAGGCUUUCACAGGAAGAAAGUACGAUUUGCCGAAAAUCGAUCAAAUUGCAGUUCCCGAUUUUGCUGCUGGAGCCAUGGAAAAUUGGGGUCUUAUUACUUACAGAGAAACUGCGUUGCUGUACGACUCAGCCACCGGCAGUUCGUCCAACAAGCAGAGGGUGGCAGCCGUAGUUACGCAUGAAUUGGCGCACCAGUGGUUUGGAGAUAUUGUUUCUCCCAAGUGGUGGAACAACCUUUGGCUGAAUGAAGGAUUUGCGACCUAUUUUGAAUAUUUCGCAACAAAUAGCGUUGAAAACGAUUGGAAAAUGGAUGAGCAAUUCAUUUAUGAGCAACUGCAGUCGGCCCUCAUUUUUGACGCUAAAACAUCUACCCAUGCUAUUGUGCCCGAGGGUGUAGAUAGUCCGUCCGCUAUUGACUCGAUGUUCGAUGAUAUUUCAUACAACAAGGGUGGCUGCAUCGUCAGGCUUCUGAUUAACCUAAUGGGCGAGGACAACUUCAAAACGGGCAUCAACAAAUAUCUGAAUGACAACGCAUUUGGCAAUGCCGACGCUGACAAUUUGUGGACAGCUCUUCAGACUGCUGUGCCUCCAGGUGCCCUGCCUGAAGGUCUUACCCUGAAAAACGUAAUGGACACCUGGACCUUGCAGGGCGGCUUCCCGGCCAUUAGGUUUGAAAGGUUGUACGAUGCAGAUCAGAGGGCCACGAUCCAGCAAGAGCGAUUCUUGAGUGAGCGUGUAGAGGAGCUGCCCACUGAACAGUGGAUCGUGCCUCUGACGUGGACCAACAAAGCAGAAGAAGGUGGCUUUGAUAAUCUCGCUGUCGACCAGUGGCUGACCACGCCAAAUACGAUUGUGAGCUACGUGGGUGCUGAUGAUGACUGGGUCAUCCUGAACUUGCAGCAAUAUGGCUUCUAUCGUGUUAAUUACGAUGAGAGAAAUUGGAAUCUCUUGGCACGUGCGAUCAACUCGUCAGAGAGUUUGAACAGUUUGCAUGUCAUCAACCGAGCCCAGUUGAUGGACGACGCUUUGGCUUUGGCGCGCACCAACAACGUCUCCUACACCAUCGCUUUGGACACGACCAACUACCUGGACUUUGAAACCGAAUACCUUCCUUGGGCGACUGCCUUCGAAGCGUUGUCGUAUGUCAUUGACAGACUCAAUUCCGAAGACGAUCCAAGAAAUCAGUUUGAGACCUACAUGCGAAACCGUUUGAGGAACACAUAUAACCGCUUGGGAGGAUUUGAAAUCCCAAUUGAUGAGGGCCAUGUACAAAGUCUGACCAGAGCGCUCGUUCUCUCGUGGGCCUGCAAACUGAAAUCCACAGAGUGCAACGAUGCUGCCAAAAUGAAAUUCCAGGAGUGGAAGACCACCGAGGACCCAGACAAUAACAAUCCAAUUAACCCUAACUUGAAGAGCGUUGUGUACUGUACCGGAGCGAGGACUGGCGUCAGGAACGACGCUCUGUUCCUCUUUGAGCGCUACGAGGGUGCAUUUGCAGAUGCCGCUGAGCAGUCACGAAUUUUGAGCUCCAUUGGAUGCUCUUCAGACGCGAGUGUUCUCUCAGAGUUCAUGGCUGAGGUUCUCAAAGAUAACCCCAGAAUUAGAACUCAGGAUACAAGAACUGUCAUCACUGCUGUUUACAAUAACCCAAUUGGUGUUGACUUGGCACUGGACUUCGUCCUUGCAAAUUACCAGAAAAUUAAUGACAACAUGGGUGGAUUCAGUUCGAUUGGAAGGAUUUUCUCAGGGAUUGCUGGAAAGCUGAACACCGUUGAGCAGCGUGACAAGCUUAAAAACUUCUUAGAACAGAAUCCCGGUGGCGUUAUCAGCGACGGUACACGACCCGCCAUCGAAGGUGCAAUCAAAACCGUGGAAGAGAGCAUCCUGUGGCACGAGGAGCACAAAAGCAGCGUUGUCCAAUACUUGCGUGAGAAAAAUAGCGCCCCGUGGGCUGUCAUUUCUCCACUUCUGAUUCUCGUCGCCUCCUUCGUUACCAAAGAUUUCAAAAAUAGUUUCAAAAUGGGUACUGCGCGAAUUGCUUUACUGGCAGCAUUUUUUUCAUCGUUGGCAAACGCUUCUCCUUUGAUCACUAAACGAGCCCUGGCAGACUAUCUGCUGCCGACUGACGUCAUUCCCUGGCACUACGACAUUUCCCUGAUUCCUUUCCUCGACGACAACGUCCCGGUUGGCGAGCAGAAUUUCACAUUCAAGGGUUACGUUAAAAUAAUCGCCUCGUGCAAAACCGCCGGACUGACCCAGAUCACACUGCACGCCCAUUCGGAAAUCGCAAUCGCAAGUCUGGAUAGCAUUAAAGUUCAAUCAGAAGAUGCAAUUCCAACUGCUGUGCCUGUCCAGAGUUUUGCUCGCACAGGCGACGACCGAAAUUUCCUCACAAUCAAUCUUGGCCGUGGUUUGCAAUUGAAGAACUACUCGGUCGAAAUCGUUUAUUCCGGUGUGUUGAAUAAUGAGCUGAAUGGGUUUUACCGCAGCUCCUACGUUGAAGGAUCAGAGACAAAGUGGUUAGCUGUGACGCAAUUUGAGUCGACUGGGGCACGAAGAGCGUUUCCGUGCUUCGACGAGCCGGCUUUGAAAGCUACUUUCAAAAUAAAAAUCGCAAGAUCGGUUGGAUACACAAUUAAUGGAAACAUGCCCAUCGAAAGAGAGGACGAGGACUUGGUAGAAUAUCCUGGAAUGAAAUGGACAGAGUUCGCGGUGACCCAAGUAAGAAUGACCACCUACACUGUCGCGUUCACCGUGAACAAAUUUGCAAGUUUGGAUGGCGGCACUGUUGGAACGCCACCAGUGCAAUACUCCACUUGGGCGAGACCGAAUUCAGUGCAGUUUGGAGCUUAUUCGAACGAAAUCACGCCAAAGGUGAUCCAGUACAUCACCGAUUUCACCGGCCAUCCUUACACUUUGCCGAAAAUCGAUCAAAUCGCGGUGCCUGAUUUCCCAGUCGGCGCACAAGAAAAUUGGGGUCUCGUCACUUACAAGGAAACUGCUUUGCUGUAUGAUGAGAACACAGCCAGCACUGCCAAUAAGCAAAGGGUUGGGGCUGUUAUUGCUCACGAAAUUGCUCACCAGUGGUUUGGAAACCUCGUUUCGCCUAAAUGGUGGAACAGUAUUUGGUUGAACGAAGGAUUCGGCGUCUAUUUGGAAUAUUUCGCUGCAAAUGCGGUGGAAAUUUUGAACGACUGGAAAAUGGACCAGCAAUUUAUUUAUGAGGAAAUGCAACCCGCCUUUGUUUCCGACGCUCAAGAAAGUACCCAUCCUUUGGUGAAUGACGUUGACAGUCCGUCAACCAUCGACGCCAUGUUUGACAACAUCUCCUAUAAUAAAGGCGGCUGUAUUGUCAGAUUUUUACUCAACCUGAUGGGAGAAGAUAAUUUUAAGCGGGGAUUAAAAACUUACUUUGAUGACAGGUAUGAGGGCAGCGCAGAUUCUGACGAUCUCUGGUCGGCGCUGCAACCCGAGGUGCCUGCCGGUCUAUUUCCCAGCGGUCAAAGCUUAAAAGAAGUGAUGGAAACCUGGACGCUACAACCUGGUUUCCCAGUCGUUUCCUUUCAAAGACUCUAUGACACAGAAAGGAGAGCCAUCAUAACACAGGAAAGGUUUUUGGCACUGCCUAGCGGAACAAUUCCAAUUCAAGAAUGGAUCGUGCCCUUGACAUGGACUAACGGGGUCGAAAAUGAUUUUCUAAGUCUUUCUCCAGACGAAUGGUUGAUCGCUCAGAAUAUGACUGUCAACAAUAUAGCAACCAACAAUGACUGGAUAGUUGCUAAUUUGCAGCAAACAGGAUUUUAUCGCGUUAAUUAUGACGAACAAAAUUGGCACCUUUUGGCUUUGGCUUUGAAUACAUCUGAUGGUUUUGGAACGUUUAACGUUUUCAAUCGAGCUCAGUUGAUGGACGACGCUCUUGCCCUGGCACGCGCAAAAUACGUCUCAUAUCCCAAAGCCCUUGACAUAACCAAUUACUUAGUUUACGAAACUGAGUAUCUUCCUUGGGCAACGUCGUUCAAAUCACUUGAGUACAUCUACGAUAGGCUCAAUCACGAAGAUGAGCCAAGGAGCCAAUUUGAAAUGUACAUGCUAGACAGACUGCAAAACACGUACGAAAGGCUGGGUGGAUUCAACAUUCCCGAGGGCGGCGACAGCCACACGCAGAGUCUAACCCGAGCUCUUAUUCUGGACUGGGCUUGCCGAUUAAAACAGGGGCCGUGCAAUUUGGCGGCAGCAGAUCAAUUCAAACUUUGGCAGAGCACCCUAAACCCGGACAAAGAUAAUCCAAUCAACCCAAAUUUGAAAAGUGUCGUCUACUGUUCCGGAGUGCGAACUGGCGACCGCCAAGACGCUUUGUUUUUGAUUGCCCGUUACGAGGCGGCGUUUGAAAAUGCAGCCGAGCAGGCCAGAAUCAUCACGGCACUUGGUUGUUCCUCUGAUGUGACCCUUCUUCAAGACUACCUUCAGCUUUCGAUUCAGGCUGGUCCGCCGAUUCGCCCGCAAGACACAAAGGACGUCAUUACAGCCGUUUACAACAACCCCAUCGGCGUCGACCUUGCCCUUGAUUUCAUUCUGGCGAAUUACGAGGCCGUCAGCAACAACAUGGGUGUUCUCAGCAACAUUGGCAGGGCGUUUUCUGGGAUCUCGGUCAAACUGAACACCGUCGAACAGCGAGAUAAGUUGCAAUACUUCUUGGACAACAACGGUGGGUUAGUCAGUCCAGGAGUGAUUCCAUCCAUCGAAGGGGCUAUUAGAACCGCCGAAGAAAGCAUAAAAUGGCACGGAGAUCAUAAAAAGGUCGUUGUCGAUUACUUCAGAGCCAUCAAUGGAUCCAAGAGGCUGCGAUUUGAAAUGAAAAUGCACAGAUUAUCAGCGCUUCUGUGCCUAUUAGCCGUUGCUAAUUUUGCAAACGGCACUCCAUUAUGGGCACGACCUCCUGAAGAUGAGUAUCGGCCCGUGAAGCACAGAGCUUUGGGGGACUACAAACUUCCGGAGAGCGUGAUUCCAUCAAGAUAUGAAAUUCACUUGAUUCCCUACAUGGAGGAAACUCUGCCGCCCAAGAAUUUCACUUUCGACGGCCAAGUCCGCAUUCAAGUGACGGCCAAAGAAGCCACCAACAUGAUUCGCAUGCACGCCAACGACAUGACCGUCAUGAAAGAGACGGUCGUGGUCACCAACGACGACACCGGUGACGCCGUGCUGGUCAAUGACGUCACCAUGACGGAGCCCAUUGCGGACGAUCGACACUUUUUGGAUAUUUUACUCGGCUCGGAACUCGAAGUUGACGGAAAUUACACAAUCGAAAUUAGCUUUGUCGGAAAACUGAACGACGAUCUCGAGGGUUUCUACCGCAGCAACUACUUUGAAGACGGAGUGGAAAAGUGGAUGUUGGCCACCCAGUUUGAGCAAACGGCGGCCAGGAGGGCCUUCCCCUGUUUUGACGAGCCAGCCCUGAAGGCAGUUUUUCAGCUAAAUGUGGCAAGACAGCCCACCUGGAUUGUUCUAUCCAACAUGCCUACAUUGAACGAAACUCCUGUAAAUGAGACGGGGUUGGAGGACUGGAUUUGGGUGCAUUUCGAGCCCAGCGUGGUCAUGUCACCCUAUCUCUUGGCGUUCACGGUGGCGCGGUUUGGAAGCAUCACCAGCCCCCUGGAUAGCCGGUUCAAAGUUUGGGCCAGGCCAUCUUACGUUCGCGCCGGCGAAUACGCCAAUUUGGUGGCACCAAAGGUGGUCACAUACAUGGAGGAUUUCACCAAGCAAAUCUAUCCGUUGCCGAAAAUGGACGAAAUCGCCAUUCCGGACUUUUCCGCCGGGGCGAUGGAAAAUUGGGGACUGAUUACAUACAGGGAAACUGCUCUACUUUUCAACAAAGACAUUUUGACAACCUCGAGUCAGCAGGGUACCGCGUCAGUGGUGGCCCACGAAUUGGCGCAUCAGUGGUUCGGAAAUUUGGUCUCGCCAAAGUGGUGGAGCAACACGUGGUUGAACGAAGGAUUCGCCACGUUCUUCGCCGCCUACUCUGCAUCUCACGUCGAGACAGAGUGGUUGUUGGACGAGCAGUUUGUGACCGGCGACGUCAACACGGCCCUGAGUGCAGAUGCCCUCGAGACGGCGCACCCCCUGGUGGACCCCUCGGUGGACAGUCCGUCCGCGGCAAGUGCCAUUUUCGAUUCUAUUUCCUACAGCAAGGGUGGCAGCGUCAUCAGGAUGGUGCUCAACUUCAUGGGCGAGGACAAUUUCAAAAAGGGAAUCGCCGCUUAUUUGGAAGACAUGCAAUAUACAAGUGCAGACCAAGACGACUUGUGGCGCGGAUUGGAGCAGGGAGUGCCUGCAGGUUUGCUUCCUGAAGGUGUUGCGUUCAAGGAUAUCAUGGACAGUUGGGCAAUUCAGGCUGGAUACCCAGUGGUGACUGUGACGAGGGACUACGAGAAUAACACGGCUAGCUUUGUGCAGAAACGUUUCAUCUCUCCACCCACUGAAAACGAACACAACGAAGUUUACUGGGUGCCUUUGACCAUGAUUGCUCAGGACCAGCCGGAGAACAAUGACAUCACGUGGCUGAGCGACGCAGAAAUUUCCUUGGACGUGCCCGCUGCCGACAAAUGGAUUCUCGUCAACAAUCAAAAGAACGGCUACUACCGAGUCAACUACGACAAACAAAACUGGAAAAUGCUGUCCGAAGCGAUCAACUCGACCGGCUCUUUAGACACCCUGAGCGUGCUGAACAGGGCCCAACUCAUUAUGGACUCGUUUGUUCUGGCCAAAGCCAAGCACCUGGAUUACGAAUCGGCAUUCGACACGACCAACUACCUCACCUUCGAGAAGGAGUUGACGCCCUGGAACGCAGCCUUGAAUGAACUUUCGUACCUGAACGACAGGAUGGUCGCGGACGACUCGUCCAAGUCACUUUUCCAAAGGUACUUGAGCAGCCGAAUGGAACACCUUUACGAGCACGUCAAUGGAUUCAACCAAACCGACGCUGACAAGCACGUUUUGCGUCUCCAGAGGGGCACUGUCUUGAGCUGGUUGUGCUCCAUUGGCAACGAUCGGUGCAACCAGGACGGAUUUGAACUUUUCUCCCAGUGGAAAAACGAGAACAAAACAAUAAUUCCUGAUUUGAAAAACGUUGUUUAUAAGUCUGGCAUGCGCAAGGGUGGUCAGGCGGAGUACGAUUUCUUGUACACCAAAUACCUCAAGGCAGAAUGGUCGACGGAGAUCAGCCUCAUUAUUAGUGCCUUGGGAGCUUCAAAUGACGAGGCCAUUCUAUUAAGGCUGUUGAGAGACUCGAUUGCAGAAAAUUCUCCAUUCAAGACAAGUGACGCCCGAGCCAUUCUUUCAGCCGUGCAGGGCAACCCAUCAGGAACCAAUCUCGCAUUAGACUUCAUAAUCGACAACUUUUUCAACGCCAAAAAACAGUGGGGAGAUAGUGGCAGCGUUUUUACGAGUAUUGCCGGCAGACUAAACACUGAUAGUCACAAACAAAAGCUCACAAAUUUCUUGAACUCCAAUCAAGAUAAUUUGACUGAUAGUGCCAAGAACAAUCUGAACAGAGCACUGGCCACGGUGGAGCAACAUUUGCAGUGGAAUAAGGACCACAAGCAAACCAUCUUGUCUUAUCUCGCGAGGAAAAUUGGCAACAGCGCACCUUUCCUGCUUGUAUCCAACGCACUGCUGGUGGCUGCUAUUGUUUUGGCCAAACUCUUGUAAACAACGAGGAGGAAAGUGUGUAGGUCCACAAUAAAAUUUUAAAUUUGCUCAG